AUGGAAAAAGAAGAUUUUAGAUGGUUUGAAGGAGAUGGAGAAACAGAGGCAGAAGAAUUUGUCCCCGCUCCAAAUAGGGUUUCCUCUGUAAGUUAUGUGAUAGAUGCAAUAGGAGGGAUAUUCUAUUCUAUUUUUGUUCUCUCCUUGGUUGCAAGGGUUACUACAUAUGUCUUUGGCCUCAAACUGCUUGUGUUUUCUGUUGACCUCAAUGUUGUGUUCCUGAGCAUAACUGUCGUAUCUUUACUGUUCAUAGUUCUUGCAAUAGCACGGGAGACAAUGACUUUCAUGGCCUUGACUCUCGGAAUGGUUGAGAACUCGGAUGCCUGUGCAAAGCUGCAAAGGCUUGUGAUGGUUUCGGUCUGGUUUGGAUUGAGUGCAUACUGGAUUAAGUAUGUAGGAACGGCCUACGGACACAAUUUUUAUAUCAUAAAGAAAGUGUUUAUGUCCGGGAUGAUAACGUCUGCAGCAUACUCUAUUGUAACAAUUGCAAUGGCGUACUUCGAGAGUUUUUUCCUAAAGAAGACUCUCAAAAGGAAGUUAGAUGAUGUUCAAAAGACUGAAAGAAUAGUAUAUGCAAUGAAAAACUACAGGUAUGAUAUUUCCGAAUCAGGAGGAGGGCCGACCCCAGAGUGUACGUGCAGGGAUCUCUUUUGUUUUAGAACUGCAGCCACGGUUGGAAGUAGGGAAACAGGACGAAACGGCGGAGAAGAAGGAUUCCAUAUGUUUACCGGGGGGCUUCUGAUUAAUGCGCCUGAAAUCCGUGGAAUCAUGGAUGCCAAGACCCUUGCAAGGGAUGUUUUCUUCAAGGCUAGUGGAGGAAAGGAUGUUCUUUCAUAUGAAGACUUCAGUGCAAUAUUCCCAGGGGCACAGGAUGCCCAAAAUGCAUUCUCUUUCUUUGAUUCGAACCAUAGCAAGGUGAUUUCAAAGAAAGAGUUCCAUGACACAACUAUAUACUUCUACAUGGAAAGAGUGAAUCUCGAGAAGGCCAUAAUGAGAGCAGAAGAUUUCAUUGGAAUAAUUCUAGGUACUCUUAAUGUGAUUACGGGAGUAGUUCUCUGCUUUGUCUAUCUUAUGAUCUUUGGGGUUCCGCUUCAAGAGCUAUUUGCACUGAUACUUAGUGGAUCUCUUGCCUUUAGCUUUAUUGCAAGUGGAAUAGCCACUGAUAUGUAUCACAAUUUCAUGAUGCUUGCCAGCCAUCCGUUUGAUAUAGGCGAUGACGUUAUAAUUGAUGGAGCCGACUAUAGAAUCUAUGAGUUUGGACUUACAAGCACGUCCCUUAUUGGAGAGAACGGAGGGAAAGUUAAGCUUCUGAACAGCGAUCUCCGGAAAAAGAACCUUGUCAACAUGACAAGAGCACCUGAAAAGAUUAUUGUAUUCAACUUUGAUCUGAAUCCAGACAUAAGGCCUGAGGAGUUUAAAAGGUUCAAGAGCAUAAUACAUGAGUUUAUAAAACAAAAGCCGUUUGACUAUGACAACGAAUUUUCCCUCCAAGCUUCCACAGAAAACUUUGUAAGCAUUGAUGUUCUAAGCUGUACAAUGAUCCUGAAGUGCAAGAGCUAUAAGAAUAAGUCAAAAAAGUUUCUUCUCCGAGUUGAGAUGACUUCGUUUCUAAGGUCGCUAAUAGCAGAGAUGGGUAUUGGAGUGAAAUAA